AUGAGCAUCGAGAUCCCGCCGGGCCUCACGGAGCUGCUGCAGGGCUACACGGUGGAGGUGCUGCGGCACCGGCCCUCCGACCUCCUCGGCUUCGCCGCCGACUACUUCGCCCGCCUGCGCGAUGCCCGCGACCAGGAGGCCGCGGCCGGCGGCGGCCGCAGGGGGGUCAACUUCGACGGGGAGCCCAUGCAGACCGAGUCCAACGGCGAGGAGGAGCCCGAGCCUUUCCUAGCUCCAGUCAUUAACCGAUACAACAGGAGAGUAUCAGUUUGUGCCGAAGCUUUCAAUCCAGAUGAAGAGGAAGAAGAUACAGAACCAAGGGUAGUUCAUCCAAAAACUGAUGAACAGAGAUGCAGACUGCAGGAAGCCUGUAAAGAUAUCCUGCUCUUCAAAAACCUAGAUCAGGAGCAGCUGUCUCAGGUCCUUGAUGCCAUGUUUGAGAGGAAGGUGCAACCUCAGGAACAUGUGAUUGACCAAGGGGAUGAUGGAGACAACUUCUAUGUCAUUGAACGGGGACUGUAUGACAUCUUUGUAGCAAGAGACAACCAGACACGGUGUGUGGGUUGCUACGAUAAUCAUGGCAGUUUUGGCGAACUGGCGCUGAUGUACAACACUCCUAGAGCUGCCACCAUUGUUGCCACAACAGAAGGAGCCCUUUGGGGACUGGAUCGAGUGACAUUCAGAAGAAUUAUAUUGAAAAACAAUGCGAAGAAGAGGAAGACAUAUGAGUUAUUUAUUGAGUCCGUGCCCCUUCUUAAAUCCUUGGAGCCUUCAGAGCGAAUGAAAAUAGUGGAUGUAAUAGGGGAGAAAGUGUAUCAAGAUGGGGAACGUAUCAUUUCUCAGGGUGAUAAAGCAGAUUGCUUUUACAUUGUAGAAUCCGGCGAAGUAAAAAUCUUGAUUAAAAGCAAGACUAUGACAAGUAAAGAUGCUAACCAAGAAGUGGAGAUUGCCCAGUGUCACAGAGGACAGUAUUUUGGAGAGCUUGCACUUGUUACCAACAAACCCAGAGCAGCCUCAGCCUAUGCUGUUGGGGAGGUUAAGUGUUUAGUAAUGGAUGUGCAAGCAUUCGAGAGGUUGCUUGGACCCUGCAUGGACAUUAUGAAGAGGAAUAUAACACAUUAUGAAGAGCAGCUGGUGGCACUGUUUGGCUCUAGCAUGGACCUGUUGGAUCCAGGGAAUUAGGCACAGGGUACCUCAAUGCCUUCUCAGUUCAAGACACAGAAAAGCCUCCGAUCAGCAACACAACUCACAAGGAAAUGGACACUAUGGAACAGUUACGGCUGCUGUCUUUUUGGGCAUUUUAGAAACCAUAAAAAAGUGUCAGCACAGAUGGAUUGCUCACUCCAUGCCUCCACUUUGCUGCUGAUACUUCAUUACUAGAUCUAGAUUAAAGAUGAUUCUAACCCUAUGUUCACUUACUUGGUUCAAAAUGGCAUCUCUCCAGUUCAAGUGCCUGAUACGAAACCCAAAGUGAGAAAGAUGUAGAAGCUUCCUCCUUUCUGGUAUUACCAUUGGGAUAAAUUUUCAGAGCAGAUUCUGUAGUUGUAAGCUGCCUGUUCUGCAGAAACAACCUGUAGAAAAUGAGCCUUUUACAAGCUUAUUAUCUUCUUCUGAUACUUUCCUUACACAAUGUGAAAUUUGUUUUUAACUGUAGCAUCCGAAUCCAAAGUUAAAAAUAUCAAUGGAGCCAAUUAAUAAGGUGGCAUCAAAAUUUUGUUCAACCUGCUGAAUGUGGUGGCUGUUUAUGUAGUUGUUUGAACCUAGCUGGGAACACAGGAGAUAGCUGCUUGGCAAUGAAAUGCAGAAAAUGAAGUAUGGCUAAAUUUUAGUUCAGGGUUUUCUGAGCAGCAAAGAAACUGGCUUAAAGAUUUCAUAGUUGUCAUCUUCUAAAAUUUGCUCCUGGCUUCUUACACCAAGUAGAUUUUAUUGUGGAGAGAUCACAAUAUA